ACUUGUCAAUUUGCUUUGUAAAUCUCUCGUGUAAACAGUGAUUCAUCAAAUUUAUUGAAAAUGGGACGAGAAAUUAAUAAAAAAAAAGUGCAUCAAUUUUUUAUAUUUAACAAAAUGGACAACAAAUCGGUGUGCAAAAUGUGCGGAGUUAAAUUAGCAGGUUUUCACUCUACAAAUUUAAAACGCCAUUUGACAUCGAAGCAUGGUGAAAUAUUUAAAGACUGUGACAGCGAAGAAGUCACCGAAACUCAAGUUGUGAAGAAAAGAAAAAUUUCAUUUGAAACUAGUGAAGGCACACUUAUAAGUUCACUGGUGAAAAUUGUCACAGCUGAGGGAAAGCCAUUUAUGUUCUUGGACAGCGAGGGAUUCAAAGAAAUUUUUGACCCAAUUUAUAAUGUCCUUGGAAUGAACGGAAUUACAUCAAGGAACAUUAUGAGUUUCGUUUCCGUAAAAGAACAGGCCAUCAAAGACGGCAUAAGGGAUUUAGUUAAAGGAAAGCUGCUAUCGUUAAAAAUCGAUGUGGCGACUAGAAUGGAAACAGCAGUUCUAUGUGUGAAUCUGCAAAUGAUUCACACAAAUAUUAAUAAAAUGGAGAUUGUUGUAAAGACAUUGGGGAUGAUCCAGCUCACCCAUGCACACACUGGGGUCUACAUAAAAGAAAAAAUUUUGGAAAUUCUUUACGAAUAUGGCAUUAAUCUUAAUCAAAUCAUCAGUGUUGCUUCUGAUAAUGGGAGAAACAUGGUCAAAGCCGUAGAAAUUCUUAAUGACGAAACGGAGAAAUCCCUUUUUGAAGAUGACACAGGUGAGGACAAUUUGGUGGGUAAUCUAGAUGAUCUGGAUUUGGCGAAUAUUCAUCUCGAACGGUGUGCUGCGCACACUCUACAGCUGUGUACAGCUGAGCGAGAUUAGCGAAAACAUUAGUAUCUGCCGCAAAUUAUGCAAAAAAUUGCGCACUGAAACUUAUAGGUAAGUAAAGUUUAAAUAAAAAUCUAUUUUUUAUAUACAUGUAUAAAAUAAAAAUGUAACCUGCGCAGACGCGUCUUAAUCGAGCACAACAAAACUAUACCCUUGCUCGACGUUGUCACUAGGUGGAAUUCAACGUACUUAAUGGUAAAAAAAACUACUUGUCCUAAAAGAGUUUCUGGCCGCUCAGUGUAUCAUUAAUACCGCCGUAGAAUGGGACUGGAUGGAGACGUAUGUCGACGCUUUCAAGGACGCAUAUGAUGCGACCAUAAAGCUGCAAAAUACAAAUUUAGUUUAUAGUGAAUUUUUCAUUAUUUCGAUGGAACUUAAACUGAAAUGCGAUAACAGCCAAAAUAUUAUAAAA